GACUUCCGGUUUGGGCUCUGGGGCUCCACGUGCGGAGGCCUAGGGACCCGUUUGGGAGCCGGACCCCGGGGACGUAGGAGACGAAGCGUGCCCUUUACCCUGAGGUUAGGAGAGGGCUGUCGCUGCUCUCGUUUGGGGUGAACUCCGCGCGGCUGCAGUAUGCCUCACAGAAAGAAAAAGCCCUUUAUAGAGAAGAAGAAGGCUGUGUCUUUUCACCUGGUCCACAGGAGCCAACGAGAUCCUUUAGCAGCAGAUGAGACCGCACCCCAGAGAGUUCUCUUGCCUUCACAGAAAGUAAAUGAUGACGAAAGGCGAGCAGAACAGAGGAAGUAUGGAGUGUUCUUUGAUGAUGAUUAUGACUACCUACAGCACCUGAAGGAGCCCUCUGGGCCCUCAGAGCUUAUUCCCACAAGUGCCUUCAGUGCACCCAGCGAGAGAAACGAUAAAGAAGAAACUUUAGUAAUUUCAACCACUGGAAUUAAGUUGCCGUCAUCAGUGUUUGCAUCAGAGUUUGAAGAAGAUGUUGGACUGUUAAAUAAAGCAGCUCCUGUUUCAGGACCUCGGCUUGAUUUUGAUCCUGAUAUUGUCGCAGCUCUUGAUAAUGAUUUUGACUUUAAUGAUCCGGAUAAUUUGCUUGAAGAUGAUUUUAUUCUUCAGGCCAAUAAGCCAAUGGAAGAAGAAGUGGGAAUGGAUAUACGGAAAUCUGAGGCUGAAGAUGGCAGUGAGUGGGAGGACAUGGGUGAUGAGAGGGGACGAGGUGGCGAUGAUGAAAGCUGUGACUCUGUGGGCUUAUCAGAUGAGGCUGUGCCUUCCCCUGGGUGGCCUCCUGGAGCUGUAGAAGAUCACUUGUUCUGGGAAGAAGAAACGAAAAGUCGCUUCACUGAGUAUUCAAUGACGUCCUCAGUUAUGAGGAGAAAUGAACAGCUGACUCUACACGAUGAGAGAUUUGAGAAGUUCUAUGAGCAAUAUGAUGAUGAUGAAAUUGGAGCUCUGGAUAAUGCUGAAUUGGAAGGCUCCAUUCAAGUAGACAGCAAUCGCUUAAAGGAAGUUUUGAAUGACUACUACAAAGAGAAGGCAGAGAAUUGUAUAAAACUGAAUACUCUUGAACCCUUCGAGGAUCAAGACCUGCCAGUGAAUGAAUUCAGUGGGUCUGAGGAGGAAGAGAUUAUUACUGUAGUUCUUGGAGAAGACAAACAGAAGUGGGAUUGUGAAUCUAUUUGUAGUACAUACUCAAAUUUAUAUAACCAUCCACAGCUUAUCAAGUAUCAACCAAAGUCCAAACAAAUCCGAAUAUCUACUAAAACAGGAAUACCUCUCGAUGUCUUACCUAAGAAAGGACUCACAGCAAAGCAAGUUGAACGAAUGCAGAUGAUUAAUGAGAGUGAUCUCCCUACGGUGUCAACUCAACCUAGAUCUAAAAAUGAAAGCAAAGAAGAUAAAAGAGCAAGAAAGCAAGCUAUAAAAGAAGAGCGUAAGGAACGGAGAGUGGAGAAGAAAGCUAACAAAUUAGCCUUCAAACUGGAGAAAAGAAGGCAGGAAAAGGAGCUCCUGAACUUGAAGAAGAAUGUUGAGGGUCUAAAGCUAUGAUGGUGGAGCUUUUAGGAGAAGGCAUUCUCCACUAAGAGCCUCAGUAUGUUCAGUAAUGAACAAGAGACAUUAUUUGAUAUGCUAUUUUAGCAGCAGAUAUUGAACAGAAAACAGUACAGUAUUUGUAUUUGUACCUAAGUUUUCUGUGCCAUCUUGUAAAUAUUGUAAUAUUUUCAGGCUUAAUAUUAUAAGCUUAGAUUUGAUCUGAAAUAAAUGACUUCAUGAAUGUGAAAUGUUUGGAUAAAUUAAAGGAAAAUGUCUUCAGAACUUAAA